AGCGUGUUGUAGGUCUCUAUGACGACGGGUCUAUUAAACCUUUUAGUGCUGCAGAGGGACUAGAAGCAGAUUAUGUGCACAAGUGUUGCUCCAUAGACAGCCAGGCAAAAUGUGGGCCACUUAAAUAUAGAGUAAGUCACAAAGUAACCCGACUGGAUGUCUCUUUUUGUCGCUUUUAACACGACUGGAUUACUACGCAGGGACCUGCUGCUGCUGGUGGAAUAUCAGAUUUUUAUUCCACUGAUUCUCCCUUGGUAAGGAUUAUGAGUGAGGUGAUUUGCACAAAGACUCAGGAAGAAUAUGAGGAUGACUUUGAGAAGGAUCUGGACUGGUUGAUCAGUGAGGAAGGCCGGAGUGUGGAUCAGGAUCCUGACUAUGACGACAUAGAGGCGGAAAUCGAUAGAGAACUGGAGGCUGAUGAAAAACGAGGAAUGAAAAGAAAUCCGAAAAAAUUCAAGGAAGAGGGGCAAGGAAACAAAACAGAAGAGGUGGAGGAUGAUGAAGAGCGGUGGCCCUCCCCUAUGGAUCCGUUAGAGUACGACUCAGACAGAGACAGCCCCAACAAGUCUUUGCCUGUGGUCCCUCCACCUCCUGGGAUAGAUGAGCAGACGGAAGAGGAGAAGAAGUACAUACAAGAGAAGAUCCAGCAGGCGAACCGGGAGCUGCGGGACCAGGAGGCUCCAGACAUGACGAGACGCAGGCGACUGCAUUUUAAAGACAAGCUGGUGGAUCUGGUGGUGCCUCCUAUACAGUUUGAGAAAGAUGGUGGUGAGGUGGAAGGAGCAAAGAACAGCCAGGAUAGAAAUAAAGUUUCUGAGGCAGAGACUGAGGUAUCAGGGAAGCUUUCAGAGCUCAAACUUUCUCCAAGGGAGGGAAGUUUACGAUUUGAAGGAUCUGUUGGAGAGCAGGGCGUGAAAGAAGGCAGAGUCCUUGUAGAAAAGGACGGUAAGUUUGAUCUGGUCAGCCUGAAAGAGGUGGAGAGUCAAGGGCUUCUUCUGCCUCCCAUAGCAAGCAGUGACUAUUCACGCUCCCUAACCCACAUUGAAAGCAGCAGUAAGAUUCCGAGGUCCUCCUCUUCCCCCCUCCAGCAAGGAGGGUUGAAUCAGCCUUGUGCCCCAAGACCUCCAGCUCAGCCCAGGAGCCGGCCCAGCUCAGCCAGCCACAGCCAGAGAGGAGGAGGCCGGAGCAACAGCAGCAACAGCAACAACAGCAGCAAGCGACGGGUUCAGUCGGCCACGGGGACAUCCUGUCAAGUGACCUACACCCUCUCCCCGCAGCAGAAAGAGCUGCUGCAGAGGAUCCAGGAGAGGAGGGAGAGGCUGGCAAGAGAGGAUGAGCAGAGGAAGCGUGAUGAGGAGGAGAUUAAGAGGCAGGACAAUGAGCUGGCAUUUAAGGCCUGGAUGUUGAGGAAGAGGGAGCAGCUUCAUGUGGAGAGAAGGAUCCACAGAGCCCAGGAGAUGGAGAGAAUGAAUUCUAAGCAGAGGGACUGCUGUGACCCUGAGGAGUCAUUCCGGGUGUGGCUUCAGAGGAAACAGGAGCAGCAGCAGAAAGAGAAACAGCUGCAGGAGAUAAAGAAGCUUGAGGAGGACAGUGGGUACCUGUUACGCAGCCGUGAGGAGUGUGAACGUGCCUUUAAAGUGUGGCUGAAGCGAAAGCGGGUAGAGAAGCGAGUGGAGCAGCAGGCAGCUCGAGAGCGCUCCCGCAGGUUGGUGCUGGAGGAGCGACGUGCACGACGCAUGAGAGACCUGAUGUGUACCAUGAAUGAAAACAAGCCAUUCAGAUUUACUGAACAGCUGGCUUACCGCUACUGAAAAAGUGAAACCAAACAGGCCAUCAGCACUUCAAAAUAAUUAUUGUAUUCACGUUUUAUCAAACAGUAAUUUAAACAUGAACAGGACGUUACGUCACACCAGUUUGUGUGUUUGUUUUUAUCUCUGUGCUGUGUUCAAAAAACUGUUACCGCAGUGACCUCUACUGAGUGUUAACAUGUCUGGGUAAUUAAUAUACCAGGAAUAUUUUAAGUUGUGUUCAAAUGCAUUGAGUGGAUGUUAUUUUUUUACUGUAUAUAUUUUAUGUAGUAGCGGAUGCACUUUACUUUAAACGGAGCUCUUCAUAAACCUGCUGUGCUGAGCAGCUCAAACAUGAGAGCCGCACUGUUUGCCUUUUAUCAGAGUGUUAUUUAGACAAACAAUAAGAUUAGAUUUAAUUUUACAACUGGUUUGUUGAACUGGAAAUGUAAAGGGAAGAAAUACACAGGUGCAAGAGGAUUAUACUAUUCACAUAGGGGACAUGAGACACAAGUAUUGACUCAGCUCUGUUAUGUAAAGGGAAUUCUUACAUGAGAAAUAUAACAAAUGAUGUAUCACUGUAUGUCACGUACAAAUAAAACAGAGUAAGUAAA